GGCUACAGUACAUAGUGAAACUGUUUCUAACCUAAAAGUGUCAUUAUUUAUAUUUUAAUAAAUAAAUUUACAAUAUAAUACAGGAUUAGUUAUCUGGUGUUCAACGUUAAAUACGUUUAUCAGCUUAUCUUUUUAAAAAAAUUCUGCAAAUCUGGAUGAAAUCGUGGAAAAAAUGAUCGCUGCAUCAGAUCCACUGGAGUUCAUACCUGGUGGACGACGUAUUUAUCAACGCCAUCCAGGAACUGUAAUCCAACGAAAAAAUUCGGCAAAUCAACCUAUUCAAAAUGACAGUAUAUUACUACAAAGGCUCAGUCAAUUUAAUAUAUCUGAAAGGACUCCAAGAGAAUUUUGGAUUAUUAGAGAAAAUGUAGAUUGUGGUGAAGAAGAGCUGUACUGCUCAGGAAAAGUGGCAGUACAUACAAAAGGCUCUCCACAAACCCAGGUUCUUCAAACAUCAUAUUGUCUUGAAUCUGAAAUCAAGCAUGCUCUUUGGUGUAAUUUCUGUACAGAUACUCCAACAUUAGUGGAUAGAGAAAAAGGCAAAGAUAAGGAAGAUGAUUAUGAGAAAGUUGAUAAAACUAUUGAAAGUAUUUGUUUAUUUGAUAACUAUACAUUACGAGUAUUUACUGCAGAAGGUGAAGAUUACAUGUCAAGCUUGCAAUUUCAAAUAUCUGCUGUUUGGGCUACGAAAUAUGGAAUUUUAAUGGAAAAGUCUGAAGUCCCAUUGUCUCGACAUACUUCUUUGGAAAUUAGCAGAUGGGCUGGACAAAACGAAAAUUCUUUACCUGUUGCUUUUUCGCUAACUCAUCCACUUGAUGAAAUUUGUCCAGUUUUAAUUAAACAUGGUGGUGUUAAUUAUAUGCGUGAUAGUAAUCUAAAAAUUGUUUUUACAAGCACUGAACCGUCUUUAGCCGUUAUUUAUGAUACAAAAACUGGACUUCAUUCUGUUUAUAAAAUCAGAAAAGCAUCUUCAGAAGAACGUCAAGUAGUUUGUGAUACUACUUCAAGUAUUUGGAACACUUCUAUAAACGCCUCUCCACUUCAUGUAGCAACAAGUACAUCUGCAAAUAAAAGUUCAAAUGCCAAAGCUCAAAUGAGUCUCUUUGGAAUUCCAAAUCAUCAUAUGAGUAGUUUAGGCUUAGGUGUAUCAGGUAGUCCAUUUGGUUCGCGUGGAACAUCUUACACGACUUCUUGCUCUGGAGGAGCUCCUUCACCAUCUCCACAUCAAACUGCUCACUCAAGAUCUCAGAGUCCCAUGGCUACUAUAUCUCGAUGUCAAUCGCCAACUCAUCCAACAUUUUCUUCUUUAAUUUCUGGCUCUAUAGGACCAAUGCUUCAUCAAACUCGACUUCAUCAAACAGCAGUAACAAAUAUGAUGUGUCAGUCUCAACACAAUCCAAGCAGUUGCAACAGCAUGCUUUUUCAAGAUGCCCAAAUGCCUUCCAGCAAACCUUUGUAUCCAGAAAUAUGUCUUGAUCAUGUUUGGACAGAAGCUUCUGGAUCACAGAAAGAUUCCAUACCUGAUAAGGCUUCAAGAGUAUUUCUUACAACAGAUCUCGUUGGUCAAGGAUAUCUUGGCUAUCUGGUGCCUUGUAAAUCACAAUUAUUUCUAGUAAGAAUUGAAAAGACUAAUAAACAACAACAAAUAAUAUUCGGAAUGUCAACACAUAUUGUUGCUAAAGAUGCUGUGAGUCUUUCUUCAUUGAAUAUGAUUGCCACUAUUGACGCAUCUAGUACCGUUACUCUUUAUUCAGGAGUAACACCUGUUGGAAAGGUUCACAUCAGCAAUACCCUUCCAUCAAUCAGUGGCUGUAAUUAUUUCACUAACAAACGUACUUUAAAAUUAAGUUCACCUUUUCCUAAAAGAAGUUCUUUAAUUGGACAUAAUUCUUCUCCUUAUGAUCCAAAAUUCGAAGAAGCUCUGCAUACUCUUAGUCCAGUUGGUGGAAAUUGUGGAAGACCUUCAACAUUUUUAGAUAAUUCAUUAAUUGAUUCUAGUCUUGUUGGCUUCAAAGAAGCAGUUGGUAAUAAAAUAACGUUAGAAUAUGGAAAUAAAGCUCUUUACAGAGUAGCGUUGCCUACUGCCAGCACUUCUCCACUGGUUACCAAUUGUCUUCAGGCAUUAAAGAGUGUGCUUCAAAGGGAUUUAGCUAUGCAAUUAUUGGUUAAAUGGUACAGUGCUCGAAAUGCACCUGGACCUCAAGAUUAUUCUUCAAAUCAAGAGUGGCAUCUUUUUAUUGUUGUUCUUUUUACGUUACUUGGAUAUGAUGUUGACAGGCUUCAACUUGUAAGAAAAAAUGAUAAUGAUUAUCAAAAAGAAAAAAGUAGCCCAAUUGUGGUUCCGAAAAAAGCUAAAACAACUAAUUCAGGAUCUAAUAACGAUUGGUCAUAUCUUUUGCAAUCUGAAGAGCAUCAAAAAACUAAAGAUCAUCUUGUAAAUGUUUUACAUUUGACAAAGUUUGUAACUGAAAAACAAGAAGAUGUGAAAAAAGUUAGUGAACCUGAAAACAUUGGAAAAAUCAACACUCAAGCAAUUUUAUUCCCACAUUUACCUUUAGUUCUUUUUUCGUUACAUCUUUUAUAUGAAGAAUUAAAACUUAACAGUGUGAUGGAAGAAAGUUUGCCAUUUUUAGCUCAACUUCUUUAUCAACUUAGUAGUGAUUUGAAUCUUACUUGGUAUUCUUAUUACUAUUUUAUAGACUUUCCAACUCAUUGUUCUCCAUCAAUAAAUUUUUCUCAAAUUAGUUCUAAAGAUCUUCAGAAGAUAACAUUUCCAAAUUUUAUACCAUCAAAACCACCAAGUAUUUUUGAGAUGAUAAAUAAUCUUGUAAAAGGUUCUGAAGUGCCUCCCUUCCCUUAUUUAAUGCGAGUGAAUUCUAGGACAAAAAACAUAAUUCAACUCGUAGCACUUUUAGCUCAUGAAUUUCGGAGUAAUGCAGUGGAGCUUGAUAAAUUUGUGAAAUUAAUUAUACCAGCGGGAAGUAGAGUUGAUUAUCAAGAUACUGGCUUAAAAGAAAAAGAUGUUUGUAAAAAGAUAGAAAAACCAGUUACUGAUCAAAUUGUUUUUAUGUAUUAUGAGUUAGGAAUGAAAAAAGAAGAUUUAAAUUUAUUACCAACAGGAAUCGCUUUAAUGAUUAAAGAUGUGAUGCACCGAUGUCGAGAAAGACCACCACCUAAUUGGCCUACAGAAGCUUAUGAAUUGGUCGAUCGUCAAGAUUUAGCUGCUUUAGAAAAACAUUUGAACGCAACAAAAUCAGAUAUUGAACCUGGAAAAAAUUCAACGAUAAAAGAUCCAGAACAAGAUGAUGGUAUGAAUUUUGAUGAUACUAUUUUGAAAUUGAGAUUUAAUAAAGAUCAUAGAGUAGCUGAAUUGAGAAGAAUGUUAAAUUCUUCUAAACCAGUUAGAAUAGCAAUUACUCAGAGACCUGAAGUGAGUGACCAUGAUUUUAUUGAAGAACAAGAACGUCAUUUAUGUGCAGUGUGUGCUAGAACAAUGGCUCUACCAGUAGCUAGAGGUAUGUUUACUCUCAGGACAUCAACACCAAUCAUCACUGAGCAACUACCAAUUCCGCGAUUAUGUUUAACGGGUAAAACGGCUUUAAGAGGGACUACAAUUGAGCUUGGACACAUUGAUGUUCCUCCAAACAUGAAUCUGUGGCCUCUGUUUCAUAAUGGAGUAGCAGCAGGUCUUCGUAUUCAUCCUGAUGCAUCAGAUAUUGAUUCAACUUGGAUUGUAUAUAAUAAACAACAACAAAGUGAAUGUGGAAUCGAACAUUCAGGGUUUUUAAUGGCUUUGGGUUUGAAUGGCCACUUAAAGAAACUCGCACCAUUUAGUUUAUAUGAAUACCUUGUUGAAUGUCAUGAAACUACCAAUGUUGGACUUUUACUAGGACUUUCUGCAACUCACAGAGGAACCAUGGAUGUUUCAAUGACCAAAUUACUUUCACUACAUGUUGAAACUCUUCUUCCUCCGACAAGUAUUGAAUUAAACGUCCAACAAAACGUUCAAGUUGCCGCACUGAUGGGAGUAGGGUUGGUCUAUGAAGGAACAGCUCAUAGACACAUAGCUCAUGCACUUUUAUCGGAAAUUGGUAGACCACCAGGUCCAGAAAUGAAGAACUGUGUUGAUCGUGAGUCUUAUUCCUUAGCUGCUGGAUUAGCUUUAGGACUAGUAGUUUUAGGAAGAGAAAGUGAACCAGAUUUAGGAAAUAUUCCUGAUACUCUUCAUUAUUAUAUGGUUGGCGGAAACGUUCGACCUUUUACUGGUGCUCAGAAAGAAAAAUAUAAGUCUCCUAGCUAUCAAAUUCGUGAAGGCGAUUCUAUUAAUAUCGAUGUUACUAGUCCUGGAGCUACAGUUGCUUUAGGUUUAAUGUAUUUUAAUUCUGGAAAUCGUGCAGUUGCUGAAUGGAUGCGCGCUCCAGGUACACAAUUUCUUUUAGAUUUUGUUAGACCAGAUCUAUUGCUUUUGAGAAUUCUCGCCAGAUCGUUGAUCCUUUGGAAUGAAAUUGAACCUACUAAAGCAUGGGUUUCAAGUCAUGUACCUGAUAUUGUUUAUGAGUAUAGAUUGCAAAAGCCAACUCCUGAAAUUACUCAACAUGUUGAUUUAGAGACAAUGAAUCAAGCCUAUUGUAACAUCAUCGCAGGUGCUUGUAUGGCUUUAGGAUUAAAAUAUGCUGGAAGCGCGAAUGAAAAUGCAUUUAAAACUCUCUUUAGUUACACACAAAUGUUCACAGCUCUAUUGCAUAAGUCUAUUGGAGAAUUAGCAGGAAAAUCCACAAUUGAAACUUGCUUGAACGUCACUCUGUUAUCAUGUGCUGUUGUGAUGGCAGGUACAGGAAACUUAGAGAUUAUGAGAAUUUGUCGGCAAAUACGAACAAGAGUGGGGCCAGCUAGUAGUGUAGUAACUUAUGGAUCUCAUUUAGCAACUCAUAUGGCUUUAGGAUUGACUUUUCUUGGUGGUGGAAGAUAUACUUUGUCGAAUAGUCCUAGUGCAGUUGCAGCAUUAAUUAUUUCACUGUUUCCUAAAUUUCCAACGCAUAGUAAUGAUAAUAGGUAUCAUCUUCAAGCUCUUAGACAUCUUUAUGUGCUUGCUGCUCAGCCAAGAUUAAUUCUACCGAAAGAUAUUGAUAGUAAACAGUAUUGUUAUGCUACUGUACGGCUGACUUUUAAGUCAGAUAAAUUAGCAAGAGGUCAAAAGGUUAUUCUCAAAGCACCUUGCUUGCUUCCACAGCUAGAAAGCCUUGAAAAGGUUGAGCUCAAAGAUGAAAGAUAUUGGGAGAUUGUUUUUGAACGAGGGCACAAUUGGAAGUUAUUGGAAGGUAUGCUGUCUAAAUGUGAUUCGUUAGAUGUUAAACAGAGAGCUGGAUGCUUAUCUUACAUGGAAGAUCCUCAUGGUUUUCGUAGUCUUGUUGCUCAAACUCUAACUACAGAAGAUGUGAUUCCUUGGGCAGCAAGACAUGAAUACGUUACUUCAUUUACUAGUGAUAAAACUGUGUUAAAUAUUGUUCAAUAUUUUUUAAAAAAAUUAACAGAGCCUAUUAGUGAAAUUAAUAAAUCAAAGAUCUCUAAAAAUCGAAGUAGAAGAAGUGAACGUUCGAACAAAACUUUAAGUGAUACUUUUGGACUAGAUAAAUCUUAUGAUUAUUCUGAAAAAAUGGAUAUUAGUGAAGGAGCUUCAUCUUCAAUGAAAACAGUAAUUUGUAAUAAUGUGAAAAAUGAAAAUCAAGAUGUUUCAGAGUCAGAACAAUAUUUUUUACAAACCAUGGCUCUCAUUGUAUAUGAAUGUAUAAUUAAGGAUAAAGUUAAUUUAUUACCACUUUGGGUGAACUUGUACAAAAGUACUGAUAUAAUUGAAAAGUAUCCAAGUAGUCAUCUUAUUUGGCAAAUUAAGUUGGUAUCUUCGUAUAUGUUAUUAAAAAAUCAAUUAGAAAAAUCAAAUGCACUACUUAGUAGUGAAAGUGUCCUUGCCAUUGAACAGAAAGUGGCUUUGAUUAUCAACUCAUGGGAUGAAGAGUUAAAACCUUUGUUAAAUAAUUAUUUAACAACAGGGACAAUCGAUGCUAAUCCUGAAUUAUUGAAGAAAUUUACCACCUACUGUACAUUUUUUGAUAUUCCUUAUCAUCAAAGUUAUGAGCUAGCGAAAAUUAAUCCUAUUAUGAAAGCUCUAUUCCAUCGAAUAGGUCGUUUUCCCACAAAUAUAACUUAGGUUUUGUAUUUAAUGUAAAACUAAAUAAAGUAUUAAAUGAUAAA